AUGGAUAUAGAUAUAAAUGUUUAUAGUAGCGACGAGGAUUUUGAACCAAGAAGACGAUUAUUUAGACCGCGAAUGAAUUAUUUUGAAGAAUACGAUCAAGAAGAAUUUCAUUAUAGAUUUAGAUUAAAACCAAGGACAGUAGAAAAUAUUUUAGAAGAAAUUAGAGAUAUUAUUUCCCAUCCCACAGGAAGAAAUAAUUGUCUGACUGCUAGCCAGCAGUUAUUACUUGCAUUAAACUUUUACGCAAAUGGAUCAUUUUUACGAAUAGCAGGAGAUUGUGGCGGAGUUAGUGUACCUACAGCUAGCCGAACAGUAGCAAGAGUUUCUCAAGCCAUAGCUAGUUUAUGCCCAAGAUAUAUAAAAAUGCCUGAAGGCGAUGAAGCCACCGAAGUACGACAAGCCUUUUAUAAUAUUGCCCGAUUCCCAAGAUAUAUUGGAUCAAUAGAUUGUACCCACAUUAAAAUACAAUCACCAGGUGGUGAUAAUGCUGAAAUAUUUCGAAAUAGGAAGCAAUUUUUUUCUCUAAACGUUCAAACUGUUGCUGAUCCAUUUCUAAAAAUAAGAGACAUAGUGGCACGAUGGCCAGGAUCUUGUCAUGAUAGCCACAUAUUCAGAAAUUCUGCUUUAUAUACUUCCUUGGAAACUGGUCGGUUUGGAGACAACGUAUUAGUUGGUGAUAGCGGCUAUCCAGUAAAACCUUAUUUAAUGACUCCUUUACAGCAAGUGAGGAAUAACGCGGAGGCACUUUAUAAUGAAUCCAUAGUCCGUACAAGAAAUGUUGUAGAGAGAAAGUAUGGAGUAUGGAAAAGAAGAUUUCCAGCAUUGGCAAUGGGAAUACGUCUAAAACUAGACACAGUUCAAGCUAUGGUAGUAGCUACAGCUGUUCUUCAUAAUAAAGCCUGUGAUGAAAAAGAAAGGUUACCGCCAAUAAAUCGUGAACAGGAAAUUGCUAUUGAUAAUAUUAAUAAUGUCCCAGUGCAAAAUAUUGAAGGUGAUAUUAUUGGAAUUAUAUUCGUCUAA